UUUCCCGCCCGGUACGUCAUCAGCUGUUUGGACUGAUUGAUAACAGAAAGCAAUGGGAACUUACAUCAGCUGUCACAGGCUUUGACUGCAGGGAUUUGGCUGGCGUGGAGUCCACGUUUGAAGGUUGGCAGAUAUGGUGAGGCACGGCGUGAUGACGGAGUUCCAGCCCUCCCUCCAGGGUAACUCCCUUGCUUUGGGCCAAGUAGGGCAAAACUGUGGGAGCAUUCAGGAGAACCGAAAUACCUCAGAGGAAAGACAGAAUCUUUCCCAAGACCCAGCAGAGUGUGAAAAAAGCCAGCCAGUGAACAUCCCAGAUACAGGUAAACGAAAGAAGAAGAAAAGAACUAGAGCGACAGACAGCUCCACUGGCACUUUUGAUGAUCUCUACAAAUUGACUCAUGAGGUGCUCGGCCAGGGAGCAUAUGCUAAAGUUCAAGGAUGUAUCAGCCUGCAGAAUGGACAUGAGUAUGCCGUGAAGAUCAUAGAAAAGAGUGCAGGACACAGCCGCAGCAGAGUCUUUCGAGAAGUGGAGACUCUUUAUCAGUGUCAAGGAAAUAAGAAUAUUUUGGAAUUGAUUGAAUUCUUUGAGGACAACAACUGCUUUUAUUUGGUAUUUGAAAAGCUGCGUGGUGGUUCUAUUCUUACACAUAUCCAAAACCGAAAGCACUUUGAUGAACUGGAGGCUAGUAAGGUAGUGAAAGAUAUUGCCCAAGCUCUCGACUUUUUACACACAAAAGGCAUUGCCCAUAGAGACCUUAAGCUAGAAAACAUACUCUGUGAAUACACUGAUCAGGUGUCGCCAGUAAAGAUCUGUGACUUUGAUCUAGGAAGUGGAGUAAAGCUCAGCAGUGCCUGUACACCCAUAACAACCCCAGAGCUCACAACACCAUGUGGCUCGGCAGAGUACAUGGCUCCAGAAGUAGUCGAGGUGUUCACUGAUGAGGCCUCCUUCUACGACAAACGCUGCGAUCUGUGGAGCCUCGGGGUCAUCCUCUACAUCUUACUGAGUGGCAGCCCACCCUUCACAGGACACUGUGGCUCUGACUGUGGCUGGGAUCGGGGAGAAAGAUGCAGAACAUGCCAGAGUCACCUGUUUGAGAGCAUCCAGCAGGGCAAAUAUGAAUUUCCAGACAAGGACUGGGCCCACAUCACAGUGGGUGCCAAGGACCUCAUAUCAAAGCUGUUGGUUCGGGACGCCACUCUGCGCCUCAGUGCUGCUCAGGUCCUCAAGCACCCUUGGGUGCAGGGGAAUGCUCCAGAGAGAGGUCUUCCAACUCCUCGUGUUCUGCAGAGGAACAGCAGCACCAAAGAUCUGACCCAGUUUGCAGCAGAAGCCAUCGCCUUCAACCGGCAGCUAUCCCAGCACGAGGAGCAGCGGGAGGACGUCGGAGCCAUCGUUUGCUCCAUGAGGCUUUCUCCUCCUUCUAACUCCAGGCUGGCUCGCAGACGGGCACAGUCCAGUGCUCUCCGGCACGGAGACUUUGCACCCACUUCAGAUGACGCCACAGCCUGAGGGUCCUUAACCUCCUUAUCGUGUUAUCUGAAUAAUUUUAGUUACCUCCUGUGUGGAUUUUUAUUUUUAUAGGGAGCCUUGUAGGAUUGGUCACACAGUAUGGAAAGUGUCUCUGUUGUUGAAAGUCCUCUCCUUGGCCAGUAGUCUUAUCAGUGAGAGUUUGAACAUCAAGUGCGCAGUUAAACCUCAGCUUCUGCCUACUAAUAGAAAACAGUAAAACUUCCAGGAUUUGGCCAGGAGUUACUUUAA